AUGGCGCUGUCCAGGGCCGGCUGUCGCGGGGUGCUCUGGCGCCUCGGCCCCGGGCCCGGCCCCGCCGUCGGCCUCAGCCGCGCCCGGGGGCUGCUGGAGCCGCGCCCCGCCCGGGGGGCGCCGAGGUCCCCGGUGUGCUGCUUCUCCACGAAAGCCGGCUCCAGGUCCGUUCUCGCCUCCCUGGCGUCGAAAGCGAAGCGCAUCAACGGGAGGUACGAGAGGUUUUUGGAAAGGACCUUCCCCCGUUUCUACGUGCUGUACGCGACUUUCACGAAAGGAAUCCAAGCGCUCUUUCUGGAAGUCAAAGAAAUAAGAAAAAUCAAAUCUAAAAUGUCCCGUCAGAAACUGAGCGUUCAGCAGCUUCCCUACCGGGAGAUGGAGAGGCUGCGGCAGUUUCGCAGGGACGUGAUCAAGGCCAUUCCCAUCGGAGUUAUCGCCAUCCCACCCUUUGCCAACUUCUUGGUCAUCGUCCUGAUGUAUUUCUUCCCACGCCAGCUCCUGAUCCGCUACUUCUGGACCCCCAACCAGCAGGUUGAGUUCCUGGAUGCCUACGACGCCAUCCGGAGAGACUCUUAUCCGGAUGUGCUGGAGAGUUUAGCGCUGGCAGCGCGUUCCGUGCCUGAGCCGCAGCUCCAAAAACGCCUGCAGGAGCUCUGCACUGAGGUGCAGCGAGGUUCCCAGCCGCGUGUGGCCGAGCUCUAUGCUGUGAGAAGUUUGUUUUCAGGAUCUCCGCUGGGUCUGAACAAGCUCCAGGUGUCUCAUGUGAAAGCCCUGAGCCAGGUCCUGUUUCUGACCCCCCACUUGCCGGCCUUUUUCCUGAGGCAUCGCCUGCGGAGCCACGUCUUGGAGAUCCGGCACCUGGACCGCGCCAUGCUGCGCCUGGGCUUGGGCCAGCUCUCCGAGGAGGAGCUGAAAGCGGCUUGUUACCUCCGUGGCCUGAACUCCACUCAUCUCGGCAUGUCCGAGUGCAGAGCGUGGCUGGAGCAGUGGCUGGGACUCUCCUGCAAGCUGCAAGCUUCCGAAGCUUCCCUCCUGGCCAACAGCAUGGUCCUGCUGUCCCUCAACUACAUCAGGGCCAAGGAGUGAUGGCCAAGCCGCCGGCUGCGCGCCCUCACCCCGGCAUCAUGCGCCGACUUGGUGAUUCCUGGUCUGGUGCCGCAAAAACACCUUUUGGUGAUGUGAAACCACAGCCCGGAGUUGGCGAGAGGGGCCCCGACGUGGGGGCAAAGACGCGAUUCCCUCCCUCCUGCGUGAGAGGUUUGUGCCAGCGCCGGCUCUUCUCUUCCCCUUCGUGCCGUCGGAGCGGGCUGGUGAUGCCGCGGGGCUGAGCCCCGUCCCUGUCUUCCCUCUGUCGGCGUUGAAACUGCGUCACUUUAACUACGGGAGGGGAGACCGAGCGUCUCCGCUGCCUGUGGGCACUUCCCUUAGGAUCUUGUAGUAGCAGGCUCCGUUCAGCUUGGGUUUUGCUGCUCCGUGCCUCGCAUGGAGGGUUUUUACUUAGUUUCUUUAUCACUGAGCAGUCUUAAAUAUCAAAAUCUCCCUGUGGGGUUAAAAAAAGACCCCAAAUCCCCGUGGGACCUUACCCAGAGCCUCAGGGGGACUCCCGUGCUUCUGUUCGGCUGCGGCUGCCUCCCGGAGCAUCCCGGUCACGGCCCCUCGCCUGGGGACCCCUCGCUGCCGGUGCUGGCUGAUGGAGGGAGGACGCCAGGGCUGGAAACACCGACACCGAUGGGGUCAGAGAGGCAGCGCUGAUCUGCACCGACGCCUUCGGCUGAGGUCACGGGCUGCGUUCGUCAAGUUCUGCCUAAUUAGCCCUGCGCUUUCUGCUUGGCGGAGGCGGCUUCGGGCGCUUUAGUGGCAGCGUUGCGGGGUUAAAACCCGCCCUUGUCUCACCUCGCCCCGUCACUGCAUGAGAAACGCCCGGCUGUUGAGUGAAUUUAAACCAACUGUAAGUGGUUUAUUAAAG